AUGAGAUUUGUUUUUGAUGAAAUUUUUAAUAUCAGUGAUGAUGAAGGAGAGGAACAAGUGGGAGUCCAAUUGACUGAAGAUGACCUUAGAGAAGAAGAAGAAUCGCCAUUGACAUCACCUCAGAUGGAGUAUACUUAUAUUAAUGAGAGCGAGGAAGAAGAAGGAAUACCGCAUUUGAAGCUACCUAGAAAAAAGUUUUUGGAUACUAACAAUCAAGAUCAGAUUGAAGGUGAUAAAUCUCUUGAACCAGUACUAGAAGAUGACGUCGUCGAGAUGCUGAAUGCUUUAAAAUUGCAAGGGAAGCUGUUAAAUGCAAGGGAAUCCACUGCUCUGCCAAUUGUUCCAUCAUACAAACAGUUAAAAGAAUGUCUUAAAUCAACUGAUGUUCCGUUGUUAUCAACAGGAAGAGAUACAAUUCUACGUGAUGAUUCUGGAGAAAGAUUAUUAAAAUUACAAAAUGAUUUCAAUGCCAAGAUAGAAAAUAUAUCGUCAAAUAUCAAUAAGCAGAUAGAUUCAAUUGUUAAGAUAAGGACGCAAAAAGAGGAAGAGGAGCGUAGACGUAAAGCUGAAGAAGAACGUAGACGAAAGGAGGAAGAAGAACAUAGACGUAAGGAAGAAGAAGAACGUAAACGUAAGGAAGAAGAAUUGAAACGUCAAAAGGAGGAGGGAGAACGUAAACGUAAAGAAGAAGAGAUUAAGAGGCAAGCUGAAUUGAAAGAAAAGGAAGCCAAACAAUUGUUAGAAAAACAGAAAUAUGAAAGUAAUAAGAAGAAAGAAGUGACUAAUUUUAAUGAAAUCGAUAAAACAUUUAAGCAUUAUAAGGACAAGAUCAUAGAGAUAAAAGAGACAAUUAUUCAACCAGUUAAAAAUGGAGACGCCAGUAUGAAGAAGAUUUUAUCGCAACACAAGAGAAAGAUCAAUCCUAAAUUUGGACAAUUGACAAAUAGUAAUGGACAGCUGAGGAACGUGACUAAUGCAUUGAUCACAUUGAUAGACGAAACCAAAGUGGAUAAGUUGCCAUACUUAUGGAUCCUAAAUUUCAUUGCAAAAGCUAUAGUUUCGCAGUCAGAGACAGAAGUCAGAGUUAAACCUGAAUCUGCGCUUCCGUUAGCCAAGCUUUCGUUGAUAUUGAUGGUGAAAUAUAGCGAACUAAAGGAGUUGUUGAUGGCCAGAUUUGUGAAGAAAUGUCCAUUUGUGAUAGGAUACACCUGUUCGAUAGAUACCGAAGAAGGUAGACUAAGAAUGGGGUGGAAACGUAGUGGAGAGGACAAUAAAUGGGAAGAAGACACUACAUAUGAUGAGAGAAUGGGCGGUAUGAUGACGCUGUAUGCGGUUAUAACGAGGUUACCAAUACCGACAGAAUAUGUCAGUGAUAUGAACACGGUGGUGCAUCCGCUGGGGAUCAGCGAGUCAUGGAGAGUAUUGGCGAGGAUUUGUAAUUUGGAUAGUCAAUUAAUUACCAAUACUCAUUUUAUCUGUGUUGCGUCAUGGUGGGAAGCAGCAGCUAAGGAAUUUGUUGAAAAAUAUAGUAAUCAAGGUAGGAAACUAUUGAAGCUAGUUGGAGUUGAUUUGGUUCAAUCUGUGCAAGAGAAGAAAUAUAUUGGGUCAGCAAGAUUGAGUAUAUUAGUUGAAGAAUGGAUGCAAAACAACGUGAUUAAAAGUUUCCCAUCGAUGGACCCGUAG